AGAUUAAGAUUACUUUUAUACAGAUAAAAAGAUAAAACCUUUUACCAAAGAUACAGAUAAAGCUGAAAGCUUUUACAACAACUUUGACAAAAAUUACGUUGUUGAUCACGUGUUUCUAGAGAGGUCUUUCUUUCUCAUUUGUCGGUUAUUUUUAAAGUACGGAUUAAAAGAUUCCUGCUGCUGUAAAUACUUCAUUGGCCUUCUCUUCUCAGUGACGGAGACCAUGAACGGAAGAAUUCUUAUGCGGAUGUUGAUGAUGCUGAUAAUGUUAACGGCGGCAGCUGCCGGAGGAGAAGGUGAUCGGAAAAUGUUACCGGAGAGACGUAAUCUUCUUGCCAAUGGCCUUGCCGACACUCCACCCAUGGGGUGGAAUAGUUGGAAUCACUUCAGCUGCAACAUCAAUGAAACAGUGAUCAGAGAAACUGCUGAUGCUCUUGUUUCUACUGGUCUUGCUAAGCUUGGAUACAAGUAUGUAAAUAUCGAUGAUUGUUGGGCUGAAAAAACUCGCGAUCAAAAGGGUAACCUUGUGGCUAGAAAAUCAACUUUCCCUUCUGGCAUCAAGGCUCUUGCUGACUAUGUCCAUAGCAAAGGUCUUAAGCUCGGUAUAUAUUCCGAUUCAGGUACCAUGACUUGUAGCAAGACGAUGCCUGGUUCACUUGGUCACGAGGAACAAGAUGCCCAAACGUUCGCUUCAUGGGGUAUCGACUACUUGAAGUACGAUAACUGUAACAAUGAAGGGAUAAAACCAACCGUUCGAUACCCGAUAAUGACUAGAGCGCUCAUGAACACAGGCCGUCCUAUCUUUUUCUCACUGUGUGAAUGGGGAGACUUGCAUCCUGCUCUUUGGGGUUCCAAAGUUGGAAACAGUUGGAGGACUACAAAUGACAUUAGCGAUACGUGGAGUAGCAUGAUGUAUAUAGCCGACAUGAACGAGUAUUAUGCAGAUUACGCAAGACCUGGUGGUUGGAAUGAUCCAGACAUGCUUGAGGUUGGAAAUGGAGGGAUGACAAAAGACGAAUACGAAGUCCACUUUAGCAUAUGGGCUAUUUCAAAGGCUCCUCUUCUUAUCGGUUGUGAUGUUAAAAGUAUCACGAAUGAGACUCUCCAUAUCCUUGGAAACAAGGAGGUCAUUGCUGUAAACCAAGAUAGUCUCGGUGUUCAGGCUAAAAAGGUUAGAAGCGAAGGCGAUCUCGAGGUUUGGGCUGGGCCCCUUUCCAACUACAGGAUAGUUGUGCUCCUGGUGAACCGCGGCCCUGUAAGUGCCGAGAUCACAGCCCAUUGGGACGAUAUUGGGCUUCCACCGAAAACGGCCGUGGUUACCAGGGAUCUUUGGGAUCAGCACAUGGACUGGAAGCAAAGACCUACCGACAGCAUGACCGCUAUGGUAGCUUCUCAUGGUUGCAAGAUGUUUGUUUUGAAACCAGUAUCUUGACGGACGCUUAUGUAUGUGGAUCCAAUGAGUUGCUACUGGCAGCUUAUAAAUUUACAAGAAUAAAAUCUUAUAUUUUAUUUAACCAAAACAACAAACUAAACCCAAAUCUAAGCGUCGGUUUCCAUGUUAGCAUGUAAUGGUCCAUAACGAGACGCUAAAACAUUAUGUACGUCUCCUACGUGUACAUAACGUGCUUAAACCAUAGCCAUUCUGUCCUAGUUAUGAUU